CUUUCUUCGCCCCCGUGGUCAAGGGGUUGAAUGCCCUAAAUUCGUCGAAAGCGUCCGAUCGCGUGCGUCAUAUAAUAUUUACCAAGGUGAUUUCAGUUUAAUUCAGCAAAUUUAUUGAAGUACAUGGAUUUUCUUGUAAUAUAUAAUUCACUAUUUCGCGGACCGUCGACCUGGUCUGUCAGAUAUAUUAAAUAUUAAUUCUUGUGUGUGAUAUUUGCAUAAAUAAUUUUUAAUAAAUGAGGGAACGAGUGUUCGGAGUGAGUUAUCCUGCGUUCAAAAUGCGGGAAGAAGAUUUGGAGAUCGCCAUCAAAGUGGUGAUCGUCGGAAAUGGUGGCGUCGGAAAAUCCAGUAUGAUUCAGCGCUACUGCAAAGGAACAUUUACUAGAGAUUACAAAAAAACGAUAGGAGUCGAUUUCCUUGAACGCCAAAUUGAAUUGGAUGGUGAAGACGUUCGAUUGAUGCUCUGGGAUACAGCUGGUCAAGAAGAGUUCGAUGCAAUCACCAAAGCUUAUUACAGGGGUGCGCAAGCUUGUGUCAUCGCAUUCUCUGUCACUGAUCGCGAUAGUUUCUUGGCAGCAGCAUCGUGGAAAACAAAGGUUGAAAACGAAUGCGGAGAGAUUCCUACCGUCAUAGUCCAAAAUAAAAUAGACUUAAUGGAUCAGAGCGUUGUCACACCAGAAGAAACGGAGCAGUUAUCUCGCAGUUUGAAUUGCCGCCUUGUAAGGACGUCGGUCAAGGAAGACCUGAAUGUUUCCGCUGUUUUCCGCCUACUAGGAGCGCGCUGCGUGCAGGACAUCCGGCAAGAAGAGGCCUUGUGGUCGGGAAAUGGAGACGUACCGGAUCCAUAUUCUGGAAGACACGGAGUUACUAUUAGUGCUUUUAGCCCCACACAUUUGGGAAAAACGAAUGGCACAAUUGUUCUAUCAAGGCCUGGAAAGAAACACAAGAAGAAAAACGUUUUGAGGAACGCAUGUAGAAUUUUAUAAAACUCUAUAAAGU